CAGGUAUCGAUACUCAACAUCGUCAACACCCAUUUUGCCACCCAUUUGGCGCGAGCAUAAUAAAAACGACGGCAUCGCCCUUCAUUUGCGCGAGACUAUUCACACACCAAAAAAAAAAACUUGUAGUGUUUAGUCGUAGGGGCUGCCGAGAGAUUUCAGGACAGAUUCGUCGGGCUCUACGUGUUCAUUCACGUCACAUUGCAGAGUUGAACCGCAACGUGCCAAAGAGAAUGCUGCGUGGAUGUUUAUUGCUAGCGGGCCUCGUGCAAGCAGCACUCGGACAGAAUGCGGUAAGACUUUCAGAUCAUUGUAAAAGUAUUCAGUUUUGGAGGACCUAGCACCGUUUAAGUUGGUGGAUUUUUUUACUUAAGUUUUUUUUUUCUUAUAAGAAUUUAAAAUUUCGAGAGAUUAAUCAAAACAAUAUAAGUAUAAAGAAAUCAUUUGCUCUGUUUUUUUGUAAGUGGAAAUUAUAUUUAAAUAAUUCUCUCUCUCUCUCUCUCUCUCUCUCUCUCUAUAUAUAUAUAUAUAUAUAUAUAUAUAUAUAUAUAUAUAUAUAUAUAUAUAUAUAUAUAUUAUAUAUAAAAUAUUUGCGAAAAUAAAUUUAAAGUUUGAUCCCCCCACACCCCCCCCAAAAGAUAAUUUAAAAAUGAAUAAAUACAAAUUAAUUUUAUAUUGAGAAUGUUUUGUUUUUUUUGUAGUUAACAACUUUAUUUAUUCUUACCAAAAAAAAAAGACUAAUAAAAAGGUUAAUUAAAACAAAUAAAAACUUUUAAGAAUUGACUUUAGGAAUUUCCUUAGGUAAAAAAAAAUAAUACAAAAAUAUGGCAAUUAAAAGAUUAAUGAAAGGAAAUUAUUUUUAAAAUAAAAUUAGUUCUGCCUGAACGCUAUAAUUAGCAUGUGUUCAUUUAACAAUAUUAUUCGUAAGAAAUACAGAAUUUACAUUUUUUUUUUAAUUGGUUGACAGAAUCUUGCAGGCUACGGACCACAAUACUCAGCCGGUGGACCUGGCAUCGGCAACUCCUACCUCAGCUCAGUCAAUGCUUACCCCGGCGGAUUAGGGUCCGCUUACCCCGGAGGAUUAAACUAUGGCCAAGGCAACCUACUUUACGGGGGGUCAGGUUAUGGCGGUGGGAUUCUGUCUCCAGGUGAAUACAAUAUCUGUUCAAUAAAUCAUUCGAUUACUCUACUCUCCGAUUUUUCCGGCUGCUAUUUUAACUUUAUGUUGUUGUGAGGAUCUGCACCUGACUCCACUGCGUUGAGAUCACGAUAGAGAGAUGGUUAGGGCUUAAAACUGUACACCACCCUACCCAACUGUUCCUCCAUAUAUACAUUAUGUCGUAAUAUACAUAUAUCUGACUCCACUGCGUUGAGAUCACGAUAGAGAGAUGGUUAGGGCUUAAAACUGUACACCACCCUACCCAACUGUUCCUCCAUAUAUACAUUAUGUCGUAAUAUACAUAUAUAUAUAUAUAUAUAUAUAUAUAUAUAUAUAUAUAUAUAUAUAUAUAUAUAUGUGUGUGUGUGUGUAUUAAACACAACCUUAGAAUAUAGUGUUUGCCCCAACAGAAGGUGCUUUGCCAAAGUUAAAUAACGUGUCUUUACGACAUUUUUGUUGUAGCUUUAAACAGUGGUAGUUUAAGGGUUAAAUGACGUACACCUGGUUGUAGGAUGCGACAUGUGCAUCAUCUGAGCAUCCGCGCACAAAAUGCAGGCGUCCAACCAACGCACGGACACGUGAUGAAAUAGGAACUGUGGACAAACUCUUGGCGAAAGUCGUGGUUGCUGUAGUUGAGGUUAUCUAGACGUGUCGAUAACAUGAUCCCCUUAACGCGCACAUGCGCCACCAAUAUAACUUCACAAAGACGUUGACGCGUCAUUAAGACGUGCAUGCCUCAUUAACAUAUUCCCAUUAAGACCUAUAUAGUUUUUGUUUUUUUUCCUAUUCCAGUCGGAAGGUACGGAUUAACUGGGGGAGCUAACUCUUAUAACUCUUACCCACAAGGCAAAUACUCGGGUAAGUUGACAUUUGGUGAUGUCUCAUCCCAUAACGACGUCAUUCUGUGACGUAAUAUUUUGAUGAUCCAAGUCAACAGGUAGAUAGAUAGAUGUGAUUUUUUUUUCUUUCAUUUUUACUUAAAAAAGGGGAUUUUUAAAAUUAAAACCACUAAGUUUCAACCUUCCAAUAUAAACGUCGAGUUUGCACGGCUGAUAAUUCAAAAUGGAAAAAAAAAAAUUGAAACAACCCCCUAAAAACACAGUGUUUCGUAUAAAUCCUUUAUAAAAUGUAAUACCCAGCUAUUUGGAGAAAAAGGGUAGGGUAGGGUGGGGUGGGGUGGGGUGGGGUGGGGGGGGGCGAAUAAAAAUUUGACAAAACAUGCUUACAAGUAACGCAUUUUAUAAGAAUCCCAAUUAGUGCUCUCCCACCCCUCAGGCCCGCAACUGCACUUUUUUUCACGCCCCUUGUCUAAAUUAAAAUUCUAAUGACCCAACCCCUUUUAAACCGCGGAUUUAUUUCACCAACUAUAUCAGAAAAACAAAAAAGAAAAUGUUACGCACCAAACGCACUGGCGUUUUCUAUUUAAAAAAAAAAAAUCUCAUUGAGCGCAGUUAUCGGGAAUUUUAUUUCGUGUCCUUCUGGCAUCAAAUUGCCUUCAUCUUUAUCUUGAAAAACAGCAUAGACUGAUUUUUUGGGGGGUUGGGAAGUGGGGGCUGAAAAAUUUGUUAAAAUGCAUUGGCUACGCGCCUAUGUGUCAAGUCUCAGCUCGAUAGGUUGACGGGAAGUGGAUCAAUCAGCCAUCCAACGAUUUGUCCAGCAAGCCAGCCACGAAUAAGAGCGAAGUUAAUAUAAAGAAUUUAAAAAAAAAUCUAAUGAGAAAGAAGAGUGGAGACCAUAAAUACCAAUGCAGACAUUCAACGCAGUGCCACAUUUUGAUACAACAUUUUUUUAAUUGAUGAAGAUGUGUUCAAUGGCAGCGAUUAGUUCCCGGACAAAUAGUGCAAUCAACUGAAGUCUAAUACAUUUAGAAAAUUGUAAAGGUUUUAGUUUUGAAUCUACUAAAUGUAUAGAUUUAUAAAUAUUUUAGUUAUUGAAGUCUAAAAAAUUUACAAAAUCUUAAAGGUUCUUUAAUAAAAUUGUAAUUUUUUUCCCCCUAGAGCUCAGUAAUUUUGUCCACUACAGUCAUCUAUUUUCCUGGUAAUGAAGUCAAUUUGCUUAACAACCGCGAUUGUACCGUACUUCCGGUUUUAGCUUGCUGGUUAGCGUACUUAUUGUACCCAUGUUUUUUAAAGAUCUGUGUGGAAGGUUGUGGUGGAUGGUUGGUGUGGAUGGUUGGUGUGGAUGGUUGGGUGGAAGGUUGGUGUGGAUGGUUGGUGUUUAAGGUUGUGUGAAAGGUUGUGGUAGAAGGUUGGGGUGGAAGGUUGGUGUGAAAGGUUGGGGUGGAUGGUUGGUGAGGAAAGUUGGGGUGGAUGGUUGGUGUGGAUGGUUUGUGUGGAUGAUUGGUGUGGAAGGUUGGGGUGGAAGGUUAUGGUGGAUGGUUGGUGUGGAAGAUUGGUGUGCAUAGUUGGUGUGGAAGGUUGGGGUGGAAGGUUGAGUGGAAGGUUGAGUGGAAGGUUGGUGUGGAUGGUUGGUGUGGAUGGUUGGUGUGGAUGGUUUGGGUGGAAAGGUUGGGGUGGAAGGUUGGGGUAGAAGGUUGGGAUGUAUGGGGAAGGGGUUGGGUGGUGUGCCGUAGAGGAGUGGAGGAUGGAUGUGAUUUUUGUGUGUGUCUCCGAGAUAUGCGUCCCCAACCACAGCCCCAACAUCACCACCCCCCGCCCCGCAAAAAAAUAAAUAAUUAAAAAUCUUUAUAUUCGUCUUUAUUCGUCUCUAAGCUACAUUGACGGUAAAAAAAUUAUUCAAAAAUUCAAUUACUUGUAUAUUUACUUUGAUUAUACACCCCCCCCCCACAGAUAAUCUAAAGUUGACCGGAAGUGCACUGUUUGUCGAAAAGCAAGGCUACAACAGCGGAUCCGGUAAUCAUGGUCUCGCCGUGACUGUGGCAAAGGUGAGCAGAAUGAAAAUAUAUAUUUUAAAAAAAAAUACUAUUGAUUUAGUAAUCAACUGAUUUCAAUACAAGAUUUUUUCUACUUAGAAAUUGACACAGGGUCAGAGAAAAAGUUGAAGUUGUUUUAGAUAAAUGCCUAUAUUUUACCGUAAAAAUUAUUUUUAAAAAGUUAAGUUUUGAGAAAAAUGAUGUGUAACUUUUUUUUAUUUUGGUGGGGGUGAAAAAAAAAGGGGGGGGGGUGGGGGUGUGCAAAAAAAGGUCAAGAAAUCCUGAUGUCAUAUAUGGAUGCCCACAUAUCUGUUCUAUGAGAACGCUUCAUUUUAAGGUGGAAGUUUAUUUACCAACCGAUUCUCCAAAUGUUUUUUUAUUUUGGUGGGGGUGAAAAAAAAAGGGGGGGGGGUGGGGGUUUGCAAAAAAAGGUCAAGAAAUCCUGAUGUCAUAUAUGGAUGCCCACAUAUCUGUUCUAUGAGACCGCUUCAUUUUCAGGUGGAAGUUUAUUUACCAACCGAUUCUCCAAAUGUUCAUGCUCUUGAUUACAAUUCUGUCCCCGAGUCAAUGAUUAAAACAUUUUAUUCUCCUGAUCUUUUGUCAUGAAAUUUCUAGAACGCACCAAGCCUUCUGUUCGGUGACUACUUCGGAGGUCAAGGUCUGUCCAUGAACUUACAGGUCCAGACUCCCCUGGCAGGGUAUUAUCACGUGGUGGUGACGUCAUUUGCACGCAUACAGGACGGCUGCAGUGCGGACACCCUGGGCAAUAUACUGACGAAGUAGGUUGUGGUGGGUGCUUGUGGUUUAGUUGGUGUCGCAAGUACCUGUGGGUGGCACUAUGCGAGGUUGGUGGUGCAAGUACGUGUGGGUGGGGCAAGUCCGUGUGGGUGGUGCAAGUACGUGUGGGUGGUGCUAUGCGAGUUUGGACCAAAGUCAUCGGGUGACUUUUGGAGACUCCCACCCCCCCCCCUUUUUCAACAUUGUCAUAUUUCAGGAUUGUUCGUCCACAGCCUUGCUUUUGUGGUUGAUAGUUUCAAAUGUUUCGACAUCGCGCUUUGGGCAACUUACAUAUCAGAGACCCCCAUGCAGCCGCCUGGGUGGCAGGGCCAGUGUGAGGGCUGUGGUUUGGGGGAGGGGGGGUCAAUUUGAGGGCUGUGUUUGUUUUUUUUUGGGGGGGGUCAAUGUGAGGGUUGUGGUUUGGGGGUGGGGUCAAUGUGAGGGCUGUGGUUUGGGGGGGGGGGAACCAACAAGCAGUUUUCCUAUAGAAUCAGUGAAGAAACCAAAAGCUGGUGUCGUGUAUAAGUACACAUAUUAUAAUUGUGGCCACUUUGUACACAUUUAGUUUUGCUUGUGUGUAACGAUUCGGUGUUAAAUAAAUGACAAUGUACAGAAGUGGUUAAGAAAAUCUCCAUUAAUGAUUGUACGUCUUCUCAAAUGGUUUUCCUAAUCUUGACAACUUGAGUCAUUCUGUCUUUACAUCCUUCAAAUUUUAAUUUAUUAUUUUUUUUUGGGGGGGGGGGUGUCAUCCCCUGUCAUUUUCCCCUCGCAUUAUUUUUUUUUUGGGAGCGUUGGGUAUGGGGUCCUCAUGUCGAGUCUUCGAACCAUUUUUUUUUAGAUUAGCCCGUGUAUAGUGCAUAACUUUAGACCUAGUACAUGCAACACAUUAAACAAGCGAUAUUGUCUUCACAGAGCUGCACCUUGUAAAUUACGUCUUGUCGUCCCAUGAUUUGGACUAUCGUUACUAAAGACGUGGUGAUUUGUUCACAUGCUGCCAUUUUUAAGUGCUUGUCUCUUAUAUUAAUAUUUUGGUACACCUUUAUUGGUGAAUUUAAUAUUUGCUAAAUUUCAUUUUUUUUUUGUACAGUCCAUCCGUCUAUUACCCCGUGUAUGGUGGCGCCAAGUUUGGAGACGCUGGACUCCCCGAGGGCGCGGUCGCUUUUGUCGAGCUGGGAAGCAAUGUGCAGAAGUCCCUUUACGUGGGUCGCAUCCCUCAGUUUGAUAAGCUGGAGGACAUAGCUGGGAGAGGCGUAGCUGUAAGUAUGCAACAAAGUGAAAUCGCCUUGUGAAUAAACGUUAACAUUGCUCCCCUUUUGGAUGGGGAGGGGGGGCAAUAACGGGAGAACAGUGGCGUAACUAGGGUUAGUACCAUCAGAGCCGGGGGCUACGAUUUUGCAGUCCCCUUCCAAAAAAACAAAACAACAACAACAAACUCUACAGGUGGUCAAAAAUGCCCCCCCCCCUUCCACCUUUCAAUAUAUAGAGCAAAAAGUUCCACCCGGGGCUAACCCCCCCCCCCUUCCACCAACCCUUCCUACGCUGGUGGGGGUAGGUGGUAUUUGAUGGUGUUGAGUAUUGCAUCAAUGAAUGUACCGGAUAAAAUUAACACAAGUGUGUUGUGGGCGUCACUCAGGAAUAACAUUGGAGGGUUUCACCAAAUCUAUUUGUACAAGAACAAAUAUCUCUUUAAAAAUACUCCAAUGUAUCUUUAAAUAGUAUGCGACAUAAUAAAGAUGUAAUGAAGACGUGGGGUAAAAUUAGCUACCAAGCUUGAUGGAAAGAUGGUAUGUCAUUUUUUUACAGUGUUUCCCUUAUAAUCACUGGAUGUUAUGUUUAAUACAAAGUAUUCUGGGGACACUGUUGUGAAUCAAGAUGAAUGUGAAAACAUACUCUUGUGAAAAGAUUCUCUUGUAAAAAAUUACCCCUGUGAAAACAUACUCUUGGGAAAACAUACUCUUGUGAAAAUAUACUCUUGUGAAAACAUACUAUUGUGAAAAUAUACUCUUACAAAAACAUACUCUUGUAAAAACAUUAUCUAACACAUUGUUAUGAUAGAGGUUUAAAGUUUAAUUUUAUUAAGUAUUUGAACGGUUCCUCUUUCUUUGUGUCUAUUUUGAUUCCUAGCUUAUUGUUUUUGGAUUUGACAAAUUUAGCAUCUCAAUCUGAAGUUCAUACCUAUCAAAAGUGUUUAAAAUUGUUUUUUAUACAAUCUUAAGAUCAGAUGCUUAUAAAUUAAGCUUUUAACCAAUUUGUUUAACAUUCAAUGUUUUUUCUAAAUCCUUCUUUGUCCAGAUAUGUGCUGCGGAUGGGCCCGACAGCUCAAAGACUCCAUGCCGUGGUCAGAUCGUGGCGUGUGUUGGUCUGGCUUACAGCAAAGAUGACGCUUCCCUGCCAUCAUACGAGGUAAGAACAUAACUAUGGCUUAGAUAUGGGGGAAACAGUGUCGAGCAUACAGUAUUUUUAAGGCAUUGAGAUAGGAGUAUAUACUUUGAUGAAGGUGAAAGAAAUGAAAGAAAAAUAUAUUAAUCCUGAACUCCUGAACUCUGAACUCCUGAACUAUGAACUACCAGGCGCUGAACAGCAUCGUAUGGUCAUUAAGUAGAUUGCGCCAUUAGGGGGGGGGGUGUAGGGAAUCUUACCAUGAUUGGCCUGGGGGAAUUACAUUGCACCACGGACUGUACUGGGGAGAAAGGGGUUAACGACAGCAUUUGACCUUCAGCAUAAUUAGGGCCCUUGGGUAACUACUCCGUGCACCUGUACCAUAAAGUGACACCUCUUCUUCAUUUUGAGGGCCCACGAUCAAUGAAUUGAUCAUCAUAUGCAUAGAUUUUAAAAAAAGAAAUAUUUACUGGGUGUUUAAGAUAUUUAUCAUAACUUAGAAGGUAUUGCUUCAUAGCAAAGCUUAGAAGGUAUUGCUUCAUAGUAUAGCUUAGAAGGUAUUGCUUCAUAGUAUAGCUUAGAAGGUAUUGGUUCAUAGUAUAGCUUAGAAGGUAUAGCUUCAUAGUAUAGCUUAGAAGGUAUUGCUUCAUAGUAUCACCUAUCAAUAGAGAUGUAGACACUUGUAAUUAUAUAUUUAUCUAAUAUAUUAUGUUUUAUUUCUUGGUAAGUUAGUUUAAGAAAAACUAUUCAUAUUAAUAGAAAAUGCAGCGUGCCGCCAUUGGUGUUUUGUUUCGUUAUAUUUGUCUAAGUAUGUAACACUUUUUUAAGCACUCCUGUUUAUGGCGUCACCAACAAUAAUUGAAUGGUGAUUGCUUAUUUCGUCUCAGCCACAGAGUUAUAAAGAUAAAGCCACACCACAACAACCAUACGACGCCCCUAAGACACCCCAGAUCCCAUACGACCCACCUAAGACACCCCAGCAACCAUACGCCCCACCUAAGACACCCCAGCAACCAUACGACGUCCCUAAGACACCCCAGAUCUCAUACGACGCCCCUAAGACACCACAGCAACAAUACGACCCCCCUAAGACAUCACAGCAACCAUACGAGCCCUCUAAAAGACCACAGGGACCUUAUUCCCCAUCACAAACUGGAGGGAACUACAAGAACCCAGAAGAUGACUACUACAGGUAACUCGGUUAACCACUUGUGGAUAGGUAUGUGACGUCGUUUUAAACUCAAAUAACUCACAUUGAUGUUAACUAUUAUAUAUAUAAAUAUAUAUAUAUAUAUAUAUAUAUAUAUAAAUAUAAAUAUACAUUAAGUAUAUCAAACAACUCCUGAAAACGGAAGUUUUUCUUAUAAAUCUUUCAUAUGCAUUUUUUAAAUUAUUUUUUGUUAAAUUUAAUAUUCAAAUGUUCCACCCAUUUUUACACCGUAGAUUUAUUACACACAAUUAUUUCAAAAAAAAACGACGGCAAAUAUUACGCACCAAACGCACUUGCGAUAUUUUAAAAAAAAACGACAGCAAAUAUUACGCACNUUAAAAAAAAAACGAACGAAAAUAUUACGCACCAAACGCACUUGCGAUAUUUAAAAAAAAAAAAAAAGAAUCUGCAUUGGCGCAGUUAUCUCAUCUUCCCUUUGAAAAAUAGGAAAAAAACUAAUUUUGAGGGUUGAGGUGUGGGGCUGAAAAUUUGAUUGAAUGAGUCGUCAUCGGCAACACGUCUUUGUGCAAAGUUUCAGCUCGAUAGAUUGACGGGAAGUGGGUGAAUUAGCCGUCCGAGGACUUUGCCAAGCACGCAUUUAGAAAGAAAUACACGAAAAAAAUACGGAGUCAAUAUUAAAGGAUUUAAAAAUACCCCCCCCCUCACUCCCCUUUUUUUUUGUUGCACAAUUCUUCAUUUAUGAUGUAAGGAUCAUGCAUGUUUAUACUUAAUUUUUUUUCUCACCAAAACUAUUUGAAUUAUUAGCAAGCACCAUCAUUCAUAGUUUUAAGUUGUUUUUUUUUUUUUUUUUUUUUUUUUUUUUUUUUUUGUUUUUUUUUUUUUUAUUGUAAAUUUUUUUUUUUUUUUCUUUUUUUUUUUUUCUUUUUUUUUUUUUUUUUUUUUUUUUUUUUUUUUUUUUUUUUUACUAUUCUUUGACAUUUUUAUGAUAAGUGAGAAUUUUUUUUUUAUAUUCCUUUUUUUUUUUACCAUAUUUUGUUUCGCUUAAAACAAGCUCUGCCCUAGAUAUAGAUAUUUUGAUACACUGCACACAGGUUUGUGUUUUAAACAUUACUUUACAUUUUCAUCUUCCCAGCGGUCAGCCGUACCCCGGCACCCGUUACUACGACGGCAACAGCGAGGGGGAGUACGACAAGAACAGCAACCAGUUGGUUGACACGUACAACCCGCCUCGAACGCCAACCGGUUACGAGUACGAGGCCAACCUGAGUCGGAGACCCAAGGCCAAGGAAGGACCAAUUUGGUACGGACCAAACUGAUGGGUCCAAUUACCGCGCCAUAAGUGAACCAUCGUAAAAUCUCCCGAAUGUCUUGGAAAACACACGUUUGAAUAAAUGAACAUACAGCAAGCGGCGGAUGUCAGUCUUUAGUGUCG